CCCGUCCCCGCGCGCAGCCGGCGGUGGGGAAGGAGCGGCGGCCGCCAUGUCCAUCUUCACCCCCACCAACCAGAUCCGCCUCACCAACGUGGCCGUGGUGCGGGCGCGGCGCGGCGGCAAGCGCUUCGAGAUCGCCUGCUACCGCAACAAGGUCAUGGGGUGGCGCAGCGGAGCGGAGAAAGAUCUCGACGAGGUCCUGCAGACGCACACGGUGUUUGUCAAUGUCUCCAAAGGCCAGGUGGCGAAGAAGGAAGAUCUUGUUAAAGCAUUUGGAACAGAUGACCAAACUGAGAUCUGUAAGAUGAUUUUAUCAAAAGGGGAGCUGCAGGUAUCGGACAAAGAACGCCACACACAGCUGGAGCAGAUGUUUAGAGACAUCGCGACUAUUGUGGCUGACAAAUGUGUGAAUCCUGAAACAAAGAGGCCAUACACCGUGAUCCUCAUCGAGAGAGCCAUGAAGGAUAUUCACUACUCUGUCAAACCCCACAAGAGCACGAAGCAGCAGGCGCUGGAAGUGAUCAGACAAUUAAAGGAGACCAUGCAAAUUGAACGUGCUCACAUGAGGCUGCGAUUUAUUCUUCCAGCAAAGGAGGGAAAGAAACUGAAAGAGAAGCUCAAACCACUGAUUAAAGUUAUUGAGAACGAAGACUUCCAUGAACAGUUGGAAAUUGUGUGCCUUAUCGACCCAGGCUGCUUCAGAGAGAUCGAUGAGCUGAUCCGGAGUGAGACGAAAGGGAAGGGAACGCUGGAAGUGCUCAGUCUGAAGGACGUGGAGGAAGGAGAUGAAAAGCUUGAAUAGCGACAAGCUUCCCGGGGCCAUUCUACUUUCACUAAACAUCCUCCGAAAUGACUGGCAUUUGCCACUCUCUUCUGUUAGGCCUUUGUGCUUUUUCCAAUCUCUUGCUGCCAAAUAUUUUCUGACACUAAUCCUUCGGGAUUUUUUUCCAUGCAGUGUGGUGUUUUUUUAUCAUUUGACACUUGCUUGGUUUACAAAUGGGUUUGCCUGUAGGAGCGUUUUGUGUCAGAGUUGCACUAAUGAGGAUUGAGCUAAGCCUCGAUGUGGGAGUUCCUGGAGCUUGGGUUCAGUUUAAGGGUCGCUGUUGAAGAGUGUUUGAGUGAUGGUGCCAAUGGGUUUUGCUCUGGGUGGUCAGUGUUGAGUGGAAGAUUCCAUGAUAGGUCACUGAGGGGUGAGUUUUGUAUGUGAGGAGAGGAGCUUAAAGAAGAGGGAGCUGUGUUUUCACUUCUGAGCAGGUGCAAAAUGCAGAUGGUGUCUAAAGUGAUCUCUUGGCAGCAUGAAAACUGACUUAGACUCCCAUAAUUGGCUGCUUGAUAAUUAGAGUACUUUAAAGGACCAUUCUUAGAGAUUUCCUUCACUGGAUAUAGCAGCACUUGCUAACUUAGAAAAAAUGUUCUCCAAAUAACUUAUUCGUAAAAUAUAUUUAGCUACAUUAAUACAAAUAAACGAUCAUCUAUUUAUAUAUUACAGAUGCAGAAAAGAAAUAAAAUAAUUAUUUUUGUUAAUAGCAUAGGAGGUCUCUCCGGCCGCGGCGAUGCUGUGUGGGCUGAAGGGGUGGUGGGUGCUUGUCAGCUGUUCUCCUUCACGUGAUAAAGUGGGUCUGGAAGGGUCGGUGGUGGCCUCGGGCCUUUGUUGGGCCCUAAUUCCCUGGCGGUGACUGUUUAUGCUUCAAGACCCUUUGCUCUUCAGUGCGGUAGAGAACAAUUCUGGCAGCUGUCCUUUACCCUCUGGGCUUUUUUCUGCUGCUUUCUAAUACACGCGCAGAAUUUCCAGCCAGCUCCUGGGGCGCAGCGUGCAGUUCUUGAUAACUCUGUUACAUCUCGUUCCGGCUGCGUUAAACAAAUGCUUUUUAAAUUGAACUUGUGUGUUUGAAAGAAGAGGGGAAGAGAGGACAACAACUGGAGGAGGAGAUAGUAAAAAUGCAAACCACCAGGGAAAGUGUAUAUCCUUGGGUGACUGAAAGCUAAAUCAGCAGGAAUUAGGGAGCAAAAGCUCCUUAAUUACGUAUGAAGGUAACGUUAAUUAUUAUAACAAGUAUUACAUCCCUGUUUCCGUGCCGAUAGCGGGCAGCAAGUCAGGAGCUGCAGCCUGGCCGAGGCCUCUCCCGAUGCCCACGGGUUGUGUUCAUUGUUUGCUGUUAGAGCGUGUGACUGCCCGUUAGAUGACAAUUAAACAGCCCUGGGUUGGACUCUGAUGUGACCUUUCUCUUUGUCCCAUUAACACACGGUGAAUUUUCUAGAAUUUACACAGGGAGUUGGAGGCAGCCAGAGAGGGAGAGGUUUGUCCUGUGGGGUGCCUGGUCCUUAGUCACCAGCUGCCUCUUAGGAGCUGAUUUCUGCCCCGGGCUGUUGACACAAGCGUGUGCCAGGUUGGCUGAAAUGUCUUUAGUAAUAUUUGGGAAGGACUUGCACUGCAGAGUCUGAGUUUUGCUGAGGACCAGUGAAACGGAGAUUCUUGAAGUAUUUUAUCCAACUUGAAAUGCUUUCUCUUGCCCCAGGGCAAUCUUCCGUGGCGUUUGAAGGCUGCCUAAUCAGGUUUAGUGGCAGAAUGAGAUACUUGCUGUGUGGCUGCAGCCCCAACGUGGAGAUCUCUGUGUGUGUGGACAGACUGGCCAACGCCUCCUGUGCACGGGCCCUUGUCUUUCAGACAGGCCUCUCUCCGUGCGCUCUUUGAGAAGCGCUACAGAUGAUAAUGUUAAUAUUUACCUUGUCACUGGCCAUUAGCCCUAACGAGCAACUCAUAAGUCUGCAAAUGAGACACUGAGUAAGAGCCUCAGCUGAUACUGGGCUGGUAACACUUGAUUCCACAAUCCUUUAAUUUCUUUGUUUUCUUUAUUCAACACCCAGAGCACAACAGGGCUGCUUGAGUCCCGGAAACAAUCUGAGCUGAUACACGAGCUUGGUGCUAGGAAGGCAAUUUCCUUAAUAAAGUCUUUCUCUGUGAAUCAAAUGUUAAAAGAUUUUUCUCUGGUAGAGAGAGUUUGGUUUAAUUUAUCAACAAAUAAAUGUACGUGCUUGCCUUUCUUGUCAUAUUUGUAGUUCAGCAAGAACGUAUGGGAAGCAUCAAAAUAAAUACCAGUGUUGGUA